UAAUUUAUUUAGGUAAACAUAAAGCUGGUUAACCUUUUGUCAGGACAAAAUAGUAAUAAAGUUAAAACCGGUAGUUGAGCUCUGUAUUGAAAUGGAUUUGUUUCGGAUUCGGGCUGAUUUUCACCAACUUUGCCGAUUUUGCUUAUCGAAGGAGAAAUGCAUUCGAAUUUUCACCGGCGAACUUGAACUGAACGAACGGCUUGCACAAUUGUUGGAUAUUCUUCUGGCCAAGAUCGACGAAGAUGAUGGCUUUCCGAACAGCAUUUGCAUGAAAUGUGUUGCCUGUGUCGAACAGUUUGUCGAAUUUGAAGCAACGUGCGAAAAAUCCUACGAAGUUCUAGGGAAAGUUUUGAAUCUAUCUAUAGACAACAAUUGCGUUAAAGAGGGCAAGGCCGAGUUCGAAUCUAUUCAAAAUGAUGAAUUGCAAGAAGAUGGUAAUGAUGGAGAGGAAUAUCUUAUUGAUAAACCAACCGUUGAUGAUGGCGAUGAUAACUGUACCGAAGACGAUGUAGUGACUAUCGAACGCUUGGAAGAUGAGCAGAUUUCUAUAAUAGAUGAACAAAUCGUUCUGCAAGAAGAAGAAAUCGAAGACAUUCCAGAAGAGGAUAGAGAAAAUCCUAACGAAAGCUAUAAUCUUACCAAUGAACAGCAGCAAAUGAUGGAUGCGGCCAUGGAGGUUCAACCUUCAGGAUUUAUUGACCGAGGCAGCCGCAAAAUUCCGCUGGUAGAAUGCCUCUAUUGCAAAAACGUGUAUCGCGGUCGAAACACACUCAAAAAGCACCUUCGAAUACAUCUGAACAUUAAAGACAACCAAUGCGCCUUUUGUCCAAGAACCUUCACUGAUCGUAGCUCCCUUCGUAUCCAUCAAGGUAGACAUACGGGAAAGUCAUUCAAAUGUUCUCAAUGUGGAAAAUCCUACUUCAGCCAAAAUGAACUUCGGCAACAUUUGACGAUGCAACAUAUGGAACGGAGAUAUACUUGCGAAACCUGUGAAAGAAAGUUUCCUUCGAAGACCAUACUCAAUGACCAUUAUCGCGUUCACCUUCCCGAACGCCCUUUCGUGUGUAAACAAUGUGGAGCAGGUUUCAAGCGUAACCGCAACCUAGUACGUCACAAGUUGGUACAUCAAAAGGCAGACGAAAAGUUGAAACCCUCGCUGAAUUGCCUUCUGUGCUCUGAUUUGUUUGAUCUUCCUAUUGCAUUAUUGGAACACUUAAAAACUAAGCAUGUUGACGAGCUUGACUCCAUUCGCACUGGUUCGUUCGAAUGCGCUAUGUGCGAUGAAAAUCAAAUCGAGGAUCUUUUGGAGAGCUUAUACCAUCAACAGACGCAUUACAAAUCAACUGAAAAAAGAAAGGCCAUCUCCCAUUCGGUUUCCUGUGGUGAGUGCGGGAAAAACUUUAAAUCAAGACCAGCGGCUAUGAACCAUAUGUUAACACACGAAGGGAACAAUUGCUAUAGCUGCUUUGAGUGCGAAGAAAAUAAUCGUAGAAUUAUGUUUAAAGAUUUAUCGCACCUGGAAGCUCAUCGAAAGGAAGUACAUGAAGACCAACGGCAAUGAAGCGCCAUACAACCGUAAGUAAUAAAUGUUUGAUUUUUUUUUUCUGAAAAAUCAUCAGUAAAACUUAUUUC